AUGGAUCAAUUGCGGGAAUACUAUAGUUACUGGGAACUAGCGUUCCCGGACGCUGAUCAGGCAGCGUUUAGAGCAAGUGCCAGAUCCGUGUAUCCUCAGAGGGAGGCCAACAAGGAUAAGAGAACUUCAGCGGAGGAUGUUAAAAACGUCCGCGAAUCCUUCUCAAAAUUUUAUUCUGAGGAAGACCCGAUCAAACUACGGUACGAUAACUUGACAACCUCACAGCAGAUGCAAAUUAGAAGGGCAAUUGCGGGGCUUGUCGACUAUCAAGAUCAUCAAACACAGAUUAACAUCUUCCAAUUGGGAUUCUCCAUAUCGGAGCCAGACGCUCUAGCCGUCUGGUUAUGGGAGAAUCAUGUUAUACCGUUGAAACAAAAGAAGACCCCAGGAAAAGAAGAUAUGAUUUUGGGGGACGAACCCAAGAAAAUCACGCUCCCCCCUUUUGGAGAAAUCUCAAACUUUGGAGUUGGGGAGUUCUGA